ACCAAACAUGCGGUCUUAAGCCCUCCACCUUCCUCUUUAAUGGAGUCCUUCACUCAUUCGUUUUCACCCCAAACUCGCCUCUCACUUUCCUCCAAACAACCAUCAUCAUCAUCGUGUUUUUAUUUAGCUCCGCCAAGCAUGGCGGCCGGAGCUGCCAGUGCCGCUGGCUUCCGAGCGAGCUUUAACCGCCACUUAUCAUUCAUCAGCUCCAACCCCAGCUGCUCUGCUUCCUCGCCCACUUUACUGCUUCUUCCUUCGUCUCGGCGGCGGUUUCAGAGUUCGUUGAUUAGAAGCACUCGAAGGAAGCCCGUCCUGACCGUCUGCUUUGUUCUGAAAGACGAGAAGGUGGACUCCGAGUUUGAAAUUCGGGCCCAGGAAAUUGGGCGGGUGAUAGAGAAGCAGAUCUCGGCGUCUCGCUUGGAAGAGAAAUUGGAGAGGAAAAAGUUGGAGCGCCUCACUUACCUUGUGGCUGCCGUGAUGUCUAGCUUUGGUGUUACUUCCUUGGCUGUUUUAGCUGUUUAUUAUAGAUUUGCUUGGCUAGUGGAGGGGGGGAAUAUUCCAUAUAUUGAGAUGUUCGGUACAUUUGCUCUAUCAGUUGGAGCCGCUAUAGGAAUGGAAUUCUGGGCGAGAUGGGCUCAUAAAGCUCUGUGGCACGCUUCGCUGUGGCAUAUGCACGAGUCUCACCAUAAACCAAGAGAAGGAGCAUUCGAGCUGAAUGAUGUAUUUGCCAUAAUAAAUGCUGUCCCGGCCAUUGCCCUCCUCUUCUAUGGUUUUUUCAACAAAGGCAUCGUUCCUGGCCUCUGUUUUGGAGCCGGACUAGGAAUAACGGUGUUUGGGAUGGCCUACAUGUUCGUCCAUGAUGGCCUGGUACACAAGCGAUUCUCUGUAGGCCCAAUUGCCAAUGUACCUUAUUUUAGAAAAGUAGCUUCAGCUCAUCAGCUGCAUCAUACCGACAAGUUCAAUGGUGUCCCAUAUGGCUUGUUUUUAGGACCUAAGGAAUUGGAAGAAGUGGGGGGUCUUAAAGAGUUGGAAAUUGAAAUUAAUCGAAGAAUAAAGUUAUCUAGUAAGGGAUGAUCAUUUGGUGAUUUAUUAUGUAUUCCGAAGGGCUAUUUGUCAGGCAUACAUAUUUGUAUGUACAAAUUAUAUUUUUAGGUCUUUAAAUUAAAAAAUUUUUAUCGAAAGACACUAUUGAUCCGAGUCUACGAAAACCAUAUAGAGUUAUUAGCAAAAGUGUGGCUUCAUAAAGAUACCAAAUUAGUCAAUGAGUACAAAAAUACAAAA